AUGAACCAGAUGCUCGACGUGGCGGACGACCUUAAUUGGAAUGAAGCCUCUGCCGCCGAUUACCUGGGACCGCCUGGUUUGAACAAGGAUGUUCAGACCAGGAUCAAGAAUCUCUAUAAGAAAUGGGGCACUAUCCAGCCAGGAUACAUUACUACCCCCUCUGACUGGCGCCUUCACGUCCGCUGCGACGAUCCGAAGAAAAAGGGUGCCAAAGACGCUUGUGGUUCUACUCCCCCAAACCGCGGCCCGUACGCAUACACGACCAACAAGGAUGACGACUCCGGCCUCGCUCGCAUUAACUUCUGCCCGCGUUACUUCGGUGCUUGGGAGCUUGGCGAGGCCAUUGACUUUGGCAAAGACCCAGCCCCGGGUCCUACCUGGCAGCUCGAUGUUGGGAACUACACGAUGAAUAAGGGCCAUAUCUGGGCACAUGAGCUGAUGCGCGUGGACUGGGCUGUCAAUGCCGGCAAAUAUGGGGAAAACGACCACGUGGGUGACCUACGCAUGCGAGUGAAUGACCGAUCCGGCGUGUCCAUCGUGGCAAAAGCCUAUGGCCCGGCGCCAGUGAAGGCCUUAGCACGGUAUGCCCAAGAUACGGGGAAGUGGGUUAUACGCAACGCCGACUCCCUCGCGCUCUACGCCUCAGUCCGCUACAUCCAGAGCAAGCUCAGCAACGUCUACCCCCAUUUGCCCCUCGCCCCUGCCGCUCCGAGUAGCGUGUGGGAUCCGAACAACCGAGAGGGCGACAGUGUCGGUACACUCUCGUCCGGAAACGAAACUUUGGCAGCAUGGGACCUCUACAGCAAUGGCUCCGUCGUGCUGCCGUUCGUGAAUUCCACUGGCGAUCCUGGCAAUAAAUACUGCCCUACCAUGUAUAUGGCGGGCACGACACUUGCCAAUUCCGAUUGGUAUGACGAGGAUGCCGGCGAUAAUCCAGAUUAUGAGCUCGACUUCAACACUUUCGCCUCUGCGGAUUAUCUAGACAAGACCUACUCGAAUCAGUUGAACGACCGGUGGGCCAGCGUCUAUUCAGGGGCUGGAUCUACUACUACUAGUACUACUUCCUCUUCGCCUACGAAUACUGCCGCAUCGCCCACUGCUGUUAGAGAAUGGAGCUUCUUUCUCGAAGACACCAACGUUAACGACGGUGCCUAUCCUGGCCAAAUAGAUCUAUGUCUAUGGGGCAUGCUGGGACAAGCAAAUUUCCUUCAUACGGUUCCUAGUAGGAGCCGGAGCUUCGUCGUUGAGGUUGGGGCUGACGCAAAUGCCGCCACCGGCUCCAUCAUGCAUACCAAUUUGGUGUUACCCACGAUGGAGGUCAUCGUGUUUCGCUUGAUCCAAUCAUCCUUAGACGAUGGAGAUAUCCAUAUCACUUGCGAACAAUGGAACUUGCGUGACAACCAACAGCCUAGCCUCAGAAGCACAGAAGGGAUCGUGGUACCGUCUUGCGAAGCCAUACACCUCAGAGCAAGAGAUGCAAAGGUACCUCCUCUCGGAAACGUUCUCAUAUCUCUCUCGGAGAAUGGGUUGUCUCUACGAGUUGGAUCUCGGUUCUACACUCGAGAAAAGCGCUAUACAUUCAAAGGGGUGGGCGGUCUGGACAACAUGGAUCUCGAUAUUUUCGACGACAUUGGAAUUUUCGGAUGCGUCAUUGCCAUGGCAUCGCGACGCAGAGUGAUCCGAUCGAUCGCGACUCAAGUCGAUCAGAAUGCGGAAGUUAGGGGUGCUGAGGAAUCACAGUCCUUUGACGACGUCGAAGACCAGGAUCAUAACGAAGCGACAAGCAGCGUUUCGACGGACGAGGAUGAUUCCGAGGACUCCGACUCCGACAACGACGAAACCGCUCGUCACCGUAUCGACAGAGCCACUGCACAGCCUACGAGUAAUGUGGCACACGAGUCCGACUCCGAGUUUUCGGACGUGGACGAGGUCGAGCAGGCGAUGAGCGACGAUUCGCAGAGCGAUUGA